AUGAUUUUAACGAAAAAAUUCUAUCAUAUUUUGCUGUAUUUACGAUAUCUUCAGAAGGUUCGUUACUGGAAACGUCUUGGUGUGGAAAAUAUAGAUUUAUGGGAAUUAUAUCAGCGUUCAAAGGUAUUGCCCUCAGGCAUUAACCUCAAUAAAUACUAUCGGCAAAUGUACAAUGAAAAGAAGCCAUUUAUGGUGAUCGAAUGUCUAUUGGAUUCCAUGCUGUUUGUACAGGAUUUGGAGGCGAUCAAAGAAAUAAUGAUAACACAAUUUGAAAAUUUUCCCGAUCGUGGUUUCUAUGUGAAUCAUCGCGAAGCCUUGAGUGUGAAUUUAUCGCGUCUAGAAUAUGACAUGUGGAAACCAGUGCGCCAUAAAUUGACACCCAGUUUUUCUCCAGCUAAGGUGCGCAACAUGUUUCCCAUUUUGCUGGAAGUCACACAAAAGUUGAUAAAAGUUUUGGCAGAGGACAGCCAAAGGGCACUGGAUAACCAAAUCGAAAUUUUAGAUUUAUGUUCUCGCUUUACCAUCGACAUUAUAGGUAAUGUGGCCUUUGGCAUUGAAUGCAAUAGCCUUGAAAAUCCACAGACAGAAUUUCUCUUGCAAGGCAAUCGUGCCUUUCUUGGAAUUCUUAAUCCAUUUUGGGAUAUGUUUGGCAACAAAUAUCCCAAAGUUUUGCAGUUCUUAAAUGUUUAUGUCUUUAGCAGGGAGAGUAAUGCAUUUUUUAAGCGAAUAUUUCAAGAAACUAAGGCAUUUCGGGAGAAGAAUAAUGUGCGUCGCAAUGAUUUUAUGGAUCUUCUGCUCGAGUUAAAGUUAGAGCAUGGCGAGGACAAAGAUUUUCCUUUGACCUCUGACCUGCUGGUGGGGCAAUUAUUUGCUUUUUUCAUAGCUGGCUUUGAGACAAAUGCUUGUACCUUGACCUAUGCCCUGUACGAAUUGGCCAAGCAUCCGGAUAUACAAGAAAAAGCCCGCCAAGAAGUCAUGCAGCUAAAGGCAGCAAAUAAUCAAAAGCUUACUUAUGAUAGUAUGAAGCAACUGAAAUUUCUAAAGGCCAUAGUACAAGAAACUUUACGCAAAUACCCCAUCGGCUCUGUAAUGCCUCGCGUUUGUGUACGCCAAUGUACCAUUAAAACCUCUUACAAUACUACCUUGACCAUACAACCUGGCACCUUUGUGCUUAUACCAUUUUAUGGAGAGUACGAACGUUACUUUGAAAUAUCGAUUAAACUUUCAGAGAGUUUUACUCCAAAAGACACCAAAGGAUAUGUAACCUUACAGAGGAAAACCCGAGAGCAGCAGUGA